AUAUAAUUUUUAGCUGAUUUUAUAGGAUGGGUUGUUCACUUAAGUUUCACAUGACAGUUAUAUAUUUCUGUAGUGGCAAUAUCAUUGCUUUUUAAGACAUAUCUGUUUCAGUGGACAACGGCUUACACAUACACUUAGGAAAACACCAACGACUAAUGUGCUUGCUCAACAUAUUGUGAACACACAUAAGGCGAGAUAGGCUUCUUUUAAAUGUAACGAGCAUAUUUGCUAGGUCUUUUACUCCCGAGUUUUCGUAGAAGCACGACCGCGGCAUUCUUGGUAGAGACAAUAUCUCAAUUUACAGUCAAAGAGAACAACAGCGGAUAGAUAGACGUCGGUUCAUAUAAAACAGUCCUACAAAGAUGCAUUUCUCCAGGAAAAGCGAAAGCGUCUCCUACCUUACCAGAUCAGAGGAAAUUCCGGCACCAAUGGAAAAGGAAGAAACUUUAAAUCCACAACCAAGAAGGUUUAUGAGAGAAACAAUAAUCGUAGUAAUUGCCAUCGUAGCUGUGUGCAGCAUCAUUGUCGUUCCCGUUUACUACAUUUCAACAGUUGCCAAAGAUUUUGCGAAUGUAACAGACAACACGACUAUGCUAAAUUUUUCGUUGCCGAGAAAUGCGGAUGGCGGCAGUGCAAGCGAAACAAUGCAACCGAAAGAUGAUAAAGAUAAAAAACACGCAGAGUACGUGGCAGACAUCUUGGAUAUAAAGGAAUACAUAAACAAGCUAAAAAACGAGACCAAUCAAAAAUUUAAAAAUCUGGAAAGAGCGUUUUUACAUCACAUUGCUACACUUCAAUGGUUAGAAGACAGAAUAUCAGCCAUGGAAAUCAAGGUGAAUACUGACGGAAAUACACUUGUCACGUUGGCAGACGCGUUGAACAACUCCAAAUCUCAAAACAAUCGAAUUUCGCAACAUUUUGAUGAACUAAGUUGGAAUGUAACGCAACUAAACGACUCGAAUUCUCAACUAGGGUCAGAUGUGCAGUUUCUCUCACAAGAGUUGGCGCGAUUGAGUAAUCUUCCUAAUAUAACGCUUGAAGCCACCAAACAGUAUCAGCAAACUCUCAAUCGCAGCCUCCUCGGAGUGUACAGUAUAGUUGAAAGCCAAAACCAUUUUCUAAUGAUAGAAGUCAAAAGUAAGAUAAAUAAAACGGCGCAGAAGGUCCUCGACCAAGCUUCCAAUCAAUGCGAUGCAAAGCUAGAAGAAGAACAUACACGUUUACAAACCUUCAUUCGUACCAGCACCAAUGCCGAGGCAGACACAAGAGCACAUGCACACCAGCAAAUGCUCGUAAUCGUCGCUCGUAAUAAAGCAUUGGCAGAACAGACCGCUUACCAUAUUCGGAAUUCUGUGUCAGUUCUACAAGCAAGAGCAUCGCGUACAGAUUCUGCUAUAUCUUCCAUCAGCAAUACCACUAAUUUUCUCACGCAAAGGCUCAGUGAAAAAUUAGAUAUCGGAUGGGUUUCGGCAUCUAACGGAUACGCCUACAAAGUUUUGCAAGCAUUAUUCCCGUCCUGGCUUGCAGCGAGGAGCGCAUGUUUGGCGCUAUCUAGCGACUUGGCUAUAGAGGGCCCGCGAAACAACUUUAGCAAUUUUUUUUCAGAGUAUCUCGUCAAACCGCUUGAUAAAAAUGUUUGGAUUGGUUUGACUGACAGCUUAAGUGAGGGUACAUGGCAGUGGACCGAUGGCAGAAAGCUUACUCAGUAUGAAGCAAACUGGGCCGCUGGCCAACCAAACGACUGGGGGCCAGGUCAGGAUUGUGCAGAGCUUCGGGCUGCUACUGGAAAGUGGAAUGACCUAAAAUGUGCUAGUUUUCAAACUAGCAUGCAAAACUAUGCACUCUGUGAAAAGGGAAUGCCAUAGGUUUACACUGAAAGCAACUGUUUUGUGAAGAAAUAUACCGAACACUUAAUUAUCAUAUAGUUAACUUGAAUUUCUUAUAUUAUUUGAAUGAUGUAUAUAGUACUGUGGGGUGAGAUGGGACACCUU